UGUUCAUAUUUUUGGUUAAGUUUUUGGCCGAUCGAUUAUAUAGUGUUAUAUAGAUAAAAAUAUUAUUAAAAGUGAUAACAUUUGAAAAUUAUUCUAUUAAUUUUUAAGUUUUUGUGAUAGUGUGUUUAAUGUGAGAUGAUAAUUCAUUUGUAACUUUAGUUGAUAUAUAUUUCUAUAAAAAGAAACUGUGUGCAUACACACCAUGGCCGAUUCAUCUUACGAGAAAGGAUUAACCGAACUUUCGAAAAUGAAGAUUGCUAAUUUGAAGGUAGAAUUAAAACAAAGAGGUCUUCCUACAACAGGAAACAAAAAUCAAUUAGUUGAAAGACUUCAGCUAGCGAUACAUGGUGAUAAUGCGUUAUCUUUGGAUGAAACAACGGAGGAAAUAUUAGAUGAAGAUGCUGUUCUUGGUGAUGAAGAAAUAGAAGAAUUAUCAAGUAAACCAGAUUCGCAAGAGAUCAGCGAGAAGAGAAAAUUAUCUGUAGAAAGUAACGUGGGUAAUGCCAAAAAAAUAGUUUUAAAUCGCAAGCCUGUAAUCGAAGACGUUAAAUUGGAUGAAGUAGAGAAACAUGAGACCGACACUAAAUCUUCUGAGAAUGCACUUCCUGAGAAAAAAAUUAUUAAAUUAUCGGAGCUUGGUACCAAGGAGAGAUUAGAAAUGAGAGCAAAGAAAUUUGGAUUACCAUUAUCGGAAGCUGCAAAGAAGGAAGCUAGAUCUGCAAGAUUUAGUGUUAAUAAUCAAAAUAACAAAUCAGCUGCAUCAGUAAAGACUCCCGUCCAUACGACUUAUGAGGUUUUGAAAAAACGUGCAGAAAGAUUUGGAAUGUCAGUUUCUAGUCUCAUGGAUAAGGCUGAAUUGGAAGCGCGAAUAGAGAAGAGAAAAGCUAGAUUUGGAGAGGUGAAACCAACUGAGAAAGUAUUCCCUAAUAAAGUCAAAAUUGUUAAAUGAUAUUCGUUGAUGUAUACGAAGACAGUAAUUUAGAUUAUAACAUAUCUUGUUUUUUUUUUUUUUUUGCAAUAAAAUAAUAAGAUACUAUAAAGGUGACGUAUAUCCAUUUAAUAACAUUUUUUAAAAACAAAAAAUUGAACAAGAAAGAAGACGUUUCAAAGAUAACAGUAUUAUAAUAUGGAUAAAUGAAUCUUACAUACAAUGA